AACAACACAAACAAAAAAAAACAACAAGAACAACAAAGCAAAAAUGAGCUCAACUGCUAUCCAAACUCCAACUUUCUCCAUGACAAUGAUCUAUGACGUUGCUGCUUCAAAUGAUAAGAAGAGAAAAACUUCUCCAGUCAGCGAAGAAGAACAUCAAAUUGCCAACUGUCAACCAAGAAAAUCAAUCAAAGCUUCAUCAUCAACAUCUCCUUCAAGAAAGAACAAAACAAUUCCUAGAGUUGAAAGUCCAAAACAACAACCUGCUCUCCGUACUAGUGGUUGUACUUUGAAUGCUGUCAAUAAUCAAGAAUUAUUGACAUCUGUCUACUCAAUUGAACAAAAUAUCAAAGAUUGUUUGAAUGAAUUGAAGGGAAUGGAAGAAUUUGGUUUCUCUUCUGAAUUGAGCAUGGAAUUUGAACAAGCUUUCUCCAUGUUACAUUAAGUCAACUGUCAAUUUGACAUCUAGGAAUUUUGAAUCGAUAAUUGUGAUUCAAAAUUUGUAAAUUUAUUCGAAUGUAAAAUAAGAACAACAACAACAACUCUAGGCAAACAUCGUACUCACACAAGUAGUACCAAGCGAGAAGAAACAUACACUUCCUUCUCAAUAUUCCAAUUUUGUAAAAUUUUUGAUCAUUAUAAAUUAUUAUUUCUUU